AAUAGUUACAAGUCCAUCAAUUUAGAUCCGUUGGAUCAAUUUGAUCUGCAAUACCACCAAGCAGAAAUAACAGGUUUUCCAAGGUCUUUUUCCAUGUUGUGCUCUCGCGUAGGCUGAGCCCCGAACUUGUGCGAGGAUUAAGGAGGGGUGGAGGGGUAACUUUCGUGCCAAGCCGGGAAGGCUGAACAUAUCUUAUCUUAUCAGCUGGGAAGAUCCGGACCGGGGUUGUUGCUGUGGAAACUCGGCCGUCAUCCCUGGCUUGGCGUCAACAUUUUUUUUUGGAAGCGCGUUUCGGGAAUCGCCCGAGCUGGAAAUGCAUCAAUGACCUUGAUGGCAGGUCUUUUAACGCGAACAAGUCACCCCGCUACAACCUUUUUUUUCCCACUUGUUCCCUCGACAAGCCACCAAUCCGAAUCUUCGCAACGUUUUAGCCUUGCAUCACCCUGGUUGGUGCAUGGAAAAGGCGUCGGCCAUGUCUGCUUCAACGCAAAAGGCCACAAACCUUUUCCAAGUCUUCCUUCGGUUGCGCCCGCCGCCAAGUGGAGCUAUCGGCGUCGUCGGAGAGCGUUUCUUGGCCGUCGAGGAGCCAGACGAUGACAGCACCCCGCCCAAGCACAUCACCUUGAACCCACCCAACGAUCGACGGCGUGCUAUCGAGAAGUUUGCCUUCACGCAGGUUUUUGAAGAAGAUGCGACCCAGUUGGACCUUUUCCACUGCAUCGGCGUGGCAGAUCUGGUCAAGGGAGUGCUUGCGCCAUGCGGCGGAGAGGGAACUGAUGCCCUGCUGGCCACGUUGGGGGUUACAGGAUCCGGCAAGUCUCACACGAUCCUCGGGUCCCGGUCCCAGCGCGGGUUGACCCAACUCUCCCUCGAUGUCAUCUUUCGGUCCAUCGGCAAAAGCAUUCUCGACUGCGACUCCAAUCCGACCGUUGAACAUUCAAUCGCGGCGUCCGAUCCCUCUGAAGCAGUCAUCUUCUCCGCCUCAACCUUCCUUGAUGCCGUCUACGCUGAUCCGUCAGCACCCCUGCGGGCGAGCUCAAGAGCACAAACACCCAUGAACGGCGAAUCGAUCGGACCGGGACAAACGCCGUCACGCCGUCUCCACAGACCAUCAACCUUUCCUCAGCAACCGGAUGUUAGCGCACUCUCCGUAUCAUGCGACCCGUCGGCCGAGUAUGCCAUCGUCAUCUCCAUGUACGAGGUAUAUAACGAUCGGAUCUUCGACCUCCUCACUCCACCGAUCAAGUCAACUGCGACCAAAGAGUACCGCCGCCGACCGCUGUUGUUCAAGCCCACCGAGGGGUCGCCGGACCGGAAGGCGGUGGCUGGGCUGCGGAAGGUGAUUUGCGGUAACCUGCACCAGGCAUUGAUGGUGCUUGAGGCGGGCUUGCACGAGCGGAGAGUAGCCGGGACGGGUAGUAAUAGCGUGAGCUCCCGCAGUCAUGGGUUCUUCUGCGUAGAAGUCAAAAAGAGGACCAAGGAUAGCCGAAAGCGUGGCGGGGAAAUGCCGUGGGGUGGGAGUGCUCUCACCGUGGUCGACCUUGCCGGAAGCGAGAGGGCAAGGGAUGCAAAAACUGCGGGCGCGACGCUGGCCGAAGCCGGAAAGAUCAACGAAAGCUUGAUGUACCUGGGACAGUGCUUGCAAAUGCAAAGCGACGCAGCCAACAAGGACAAGCCCAACCUUGUCCCUUUCCGGCAGUGCAAACUCACUGAGCUGCUCUUUUCCAACUCGUACCCCUCUUCCUCGGGGUACUCGUCAGGGAGACACCGGAACCCACAAAAGGCCGUCAUGAUCGUGACGGCCGAUCCCCACGGCGACUUCAAUGCUACAUCCCAGAUUCUCCGGUACAGCGCUCUCGCCCGCGAAGUCACCGUCCCCCGCGUGCCGAGCAUUACCCAGACGAUCCUCACCGCUGCCGCCGCGCCAGCGCCGCAACAACACUCUACAACCCCGGUCGAAUCACCCACCCUCACCCGUCCCUUCUCACCCUUCGGCGGCCCGGGGGGAUCCGUCCAUUACCCCCGCCUGCUCUCCUCCCCGCCCAACAUCGUCCGCAAAGCGUCCCCCACAACAGCGAGCACCCGCAGCAACAGCAGCCACAACAGCGAGAUGCACCGCUCCACGAUGGAGGCGGCGGCGCUCGAGAUCUCGCGCCUCGCCGAGGAGGGCGAGUACCUGCGCCAGGCGCUCGACACGGAGCGUGCGGCGCGCCACGAGGCCGAGUCCCACCUGCUCUCCAUGGAGGACCGCAUGAUCGAGCUCGAGCAGGCCAUCCGCGAGGACUGCACCAACGAGUUUGAGCGCCGCCUCGAGAUUGAGAUGGCACGCUGGCGGGCCACCAUGCAGGUCGAGAUGGAGCGUGGUGAGGAGCAUUGGGGCCGUAAGAUUGAGGUGUUUGAGCGGAGUAUGGCGGUUGCUGGUGGUGGUGGCGGCGCCGGGAGUGAUGGCGAGGGGUUGGAUUCGGAUGAGGAUAAGGAGAAUGUUCUCGUCGAGGAUGUGCACCAGGAGAAUGAGCGGCUGCGCAAGGAGAACGAGGCGCUCCGCCGCGAGGUCGCUGGCAUGAGCCCCACGAAGCGGAUGCCGCUCCAGGAACGGGGCAGCGAUGCUGGCAUGGCGGUCAGGGGCAAGGCGGUGGCGGGCCCUGAGACGGGGAGUCCGCGACCCGGGCGCGUGACCAGGGGGGGCGGCGCCGGCGAUGAUGAGGCCAGUUUGCUGCUGCGGCUCGAGAAGCUGCGCGUUAAUGACGGUCAGGGUUCGGCGCGCGGCUCGGGGGGCAGUGGAAGCCCUAAGAAGGUGCGGCGGUUGCCGGCGAAGCGGUGGAAUGCUGUUCGUGAUGAUGAUGACCUCUUUUAAGUUAUUGUAAUUCUCUUGGUUUGGUUCCGGGUUCGGUUUGGGAAAUGUUGGCUCUGACCUGGCCUAGUUUGAGAUACCACCUGGCGGCAAGCUGGGCAACGGUUGGUCGUGGAGUCUGGGUUGUUUUUGCUCUGUUUGAUGAUGUUGGGAUAUAUGAACGUCUGAUACGGCCGCUUAAUGGUAUUGUCUUUUCACCUUUACUUCCUUGUGAACAUCUACGUCACCGCAUCCCAUCCCUUCAUGUAACUAACCGCCACUUAAUGCAUCACGAAAUUCCC